AUGGAUUGUCCAACGCCCUGUCGAAAUUGGGAGCUUUCCGGAGCUUCACGACGCUUUGUCCCCGCGUGGUAUUCCGCCAUCGACCGUUUUGUCUGCUGCUUCUCGAAGCGGACGGUUGAUGGUGAUGUCGUUCGCGCCGGCGAAGAUGGCGGCGAAAACGCCGUCCAUUUCGAGCUUCACCUGGAGAAUCCAUUCAUGGACGGGGACAUCCUUUACGACAGAUUCACAAUACACAUGAUCCCCGGCAUCCUCCCGGGGAGCAGAGAAUCGUAUCGUCGCGGCGAACUUCGAAUCGUAGCCCACCAUGAGGGCUGCCAGAGACCGGACAUUAACCUAGCUUGUCAGCUGAGCAGGGUCCCAGACCGCCGAUUCACGUUGAGAGAUAUAUGGCGUGCCCUCUAUGAACGCCAGCUCUACAGGUUCCACUUCUUUUCCCGGAAUGGACGGAUGGAGGGCAGUCGCGAUUGGGCUAUUCAAGCCAUCUACGGACUCCGAGAGGCCCUCCUGAUCAAGGACUGGGUAGAGCGCACCGAGCCACGGUCUCUCUAUCCACCGGAAUUCAUCGUCGAAACAAUCUGGGGCUACCUUGGUUUGCGGUAUCUGAGCGACCCCAGCCAAGAUCCGCUGGUCGACCCUGUUGGACUGGGCUACUUCGACUACAUUCGAGUCAUGGAAGCACAACAAGUAUAUAUAUUGGCCAUUGAGCCGCCCGUCCCCCGAUUUCUCUCUCCUUUAGCUUCGACACCGAAAUCUCGUAAACAGUCAAUCUUCUACCCAGUUCUCAACAUGCCGACCGCCGAGUGGUUUCUCAUUGAGGGUCAAGGAAUCGCAGUUCCACACCCACUGAAGAGAAUUCCCAUCACCACGCUCACCGUUCUGUUCACCAACCAUGAUAGCGGAGCCGUCACCGCUGAGAAUGGGCGGAAGAAUCGGGUCAAGCUGAGGGCCCUCCUCGACCGGCCUUAUGAGCAUGGUGGGCUUCGGUACCGUUCAGUGGUCAUAGCUAUGGAGCCGACAGGAGCGCGUUCAUCGAACCGAAUGGGAAUGGGAUUCAUACCGGGAGCGGUGCGGAUCAGCCUUGGGGACCCUGCAGGCACUACCCCGGGCGUGCCGGGAACCGUUUACAUCAACCGCGCCUGCAUGCUCCCUGUCCGCGAGCCAGAGGACCCGAAGGCUGCACAGGUCGCAUUGCAAGAUAUUAUCGCCGCCAUUCUCAGACACAAGCUGGACAGGUUUGAGUUCGUCCAGACUAAGAGUGGCAUCCAUGGCAGGAGAGACUGGGUUAUCCACGUCCUGGACGUGCUCUCGAGCACGGGCAAGAUUCUCACGGGUGUGGAAGGCACAGUCCCUUUCCCGAAUCCUCUACCACAGUCGACGCAGAGCAUCAUGCACUUCUUGGGGAUGCGUUACCUCAGUGAGCCGAGGCACGGUGAGGCGAUUCCUUGCCCCGUUCGCAUGGGUCACUUCAGGGAGUACCGGCGCAGAAGCGAUGCCAGCUUUCCUUAUGAUCUAGAUCAGAUGAGUUGA